UUACCCACAGCCCAAAGUUCCAUUUUCCAAAACGAAGCCUAGGCUUUAGAGUUCACAUCUCAGUCGCCCGCUGCCGCUGCCGCCGCCGCUCGCCGUGGUCCUCGCCGUACUCAGGUUGUUGAUUGAUCUUUCAGAGGGAUCAGUAGAUGGUUACUAGAAUUCAGAAAUGAGUUUGAUGAUUUCGCGACUGAGGCAGCAUUUGCCUGCUGUACUCUUCAAACAAUCUGUUCGAUCCAAUGUGGCUGACUCCUAUUUUGUUACCUCAACUAUUUUUACUCGACACUUCUCUCAGCAAGUAGAGAUUAACCAGAGAAAGCUUCCAGCAGAUUAUGAUCCUGUGACUUUUGAUCCUACUGAGCAUCGUAGUCCUCCAUCAGAAAGGGUAUGGAGGCUCGUUGAUGAAGUAUCAGGACUUACCCUGGUCGAAGUUACAGAAGUGUCUUCGAUUAUUAUGAAGAGGUUGGGCAUGACAGAGCAACCAACGGUUGGAGUUAUGAAGGCAGGGGCUGCUGAAUUGGGAGCAGCUAUGAAGGGACCAGAAGCAGCUAAGGAGGAAAAGAAACCGGAGAAAACUGUUUUUGAACUUAAACUGGAGUCAUACGAGUCAGCUCAAAAGAUAAAGAUAAUCAAAGAGGUCCACAGUUCUACUGAUUUGGGACUCAAGGAAGUGAAGGACUUAGUCGAGAAGACUCCUGCUGUUUUCAAGAAGGGAGUAUCAAAGGAAGAAGCCGAACAAAUAACUGACAAGAUGAAAGCUGUUGGAGCAAAAGUUGUUAUGGAAUGAUAAUUAUUUGGUUUGAUAUCGAGUUCUUGGUUAUUCUAUGUUGCCUUGGUCCUUCCACCAACUGCACGAAUCUCAAGAUGGCGAAGACUCAACCCUCUUCGAGAAAAAGAAGAAUGGAUGAGGCCAUCGAAGAUCCGGACAAGAUAUGCACCUCUUCAAGAAUGAUGAAAAACAAAUCCAUCAACUUUCAUAUGGUAUUUUGGCCUGAACUCCUCGAUACUCAAUCAAAUCCUCUCUUUUGAUGACUAAAUGCGUUUCUAUAGUCCCAUAUUUAAUAAUGCCCAUAUUUUUUGAAACUAAAUUAUGCUUCAUUAGGCUAUUAUACAAUUUUGUAGUCUAUAUGUGUUCCUUAUGCAGAACCUUUGAUUAUAUAUAGUUAAUAGAAAGGCUAAUAGAUCAUUUUCAUGACAGAUUAUCUGUUAG